CUGGUGGCUGCAGCAGCAGGGCCCUAAAUGGGUUGUAGCCCAGAACAGGCAUGUCUGCAAUGCCUGGCUCAGUGGGUGGGUGAGGUAGAGGAGGGUGAGGAAGAGGAGCAGGACAGAGAGGGGAGGGGGAUGAUGAAGAAGAAGAAGAAGAGGAGGAGGAGUGACAUGUGACUCCUGCAGGAGGAUCAGUCAGAAAACAGCACCGAGAAGAGGAGAGGGAGGAGCAGAAUGUUGUCUGUGUCUUGGACAGCUCCGUCAACAGUUCUCCCCCUCUCUCUGCCUCCCCUCUCUCCCCCCCUCCCUCCCUGUGAUUAAGCUCUCUCUGUUUAUGUUCAUAUCCUGUCACAUCUCUCCUCCUCUCCUCCUAAUUCCUCUUUUCUCCUCUCUUCCCUCGCUCUUGUCUCUUUGCAGCUCAGCAGGUAAAAGGAUAAGAGGAGACAGAGUGGAGGAGGAGGAGGAGACAGAGAGGAAGGGAGGGAGGAAGACGGAAUGAAAGGCCAGGAGUGGGUGAAAAUGAAAGGAAUCUGUCGUUUCUCACCGGGAUUAAGAACCGAUCUGACUGAUCCCGAUGAAGGAAAGAGAAGGAUGAGGGAGGAGGAAGAGGAGGAGGAGGAGGAGGAGGAGGAGGAGAGGGAAGAGUGUGACUGUAGUGAAGUACGACUGGGAAAGGAAGGAAAUGAAAGCACCGACAACACACCAGCACCGACAGACAAGUAAGAUCACACACACACACACUGUCUACUGACGCAGUGAACCACUGUGGGAGUUUUCACUGCCAUUGUUGACUUUUAAUAUUUUGACUUUUUAAUAUUUCCUCUGACGGCUGUUUGACAAGUCAACCUCAACUUGACAUUUAUUUAUUUAUUCCUUUUUGUGAACGGUGACGACUUGACAAUCGGCCGCGUCCAGGAAACUGUCUUGAUAACUGAGCGUCGUUGUCUUCUUACACACACACACACACACGUGCAUAUAUUUCUUCAUCACCGCAGACUGACAGCGCAGGAGUCGGGGAGGGGGGCGUGGGGUAUGACAGAACAGCUAAGGGCCCGCAGUCCCAGGGCGUGAGACUCCUUCACUUCACUUCGUUCUUCCCAUGACGUCACACAAUGAACUUUAAUAAAGACAAUAUUCUUUUGAUGCAUUCGUCUGGACUCCAAAUAAUGAAAAAUAUUGAUUUGGAACUCCUUCAAGUCGAUGUUACUCUCGGUCUUUGGGGGAACUCAACCCGGAGACGAGCUGAUUGCCAGGAUGUGAUUACGAGGCCUGCAGCACCCUCCAGUGGCUGAAAGCGGCAACACUGACUCAAUGAACUACUGUAUAUAGACACAUUUUGUGGGAAUUAACAGUUCCACGGAGACAGUUCUUUGUUUUUAAAUGACCUUCUUCUUCUUCUUCUUCUUCUUCAAGACCCAACAUAAGACACCUCCACCUCCAUCAGA